ACUCACUCAAAGGGACUGUAGCCGAGUCAUUACCUUCACCUGCCAAGAUGAAGCUGCUGUCACUCUGUCUGGGGCUGACUCUAGUCUGGGCACAUGAGGAAGGAAACCAUGAGGUUGUGACAAGCAACAUCGAUUUUUCAAAGAUUUCAGGGGAUUGGUAUACCGUCUUCUUGGCCUCGGAUGAGAAAGAAAGGAUCGAAGAAAAUGGGGACCUCAGGAUUUUUUUGAAACAUAUCCAAGCCUUGGAUAGCUCUUCUGUGUUACUUAAAUAUCACAAAAAGAAAAAUGGACAAUGUGUUGAAUUCUCUGUUGUUGGAGAAGAAACAGAACAGGAUGGUGUAUACAGUUUUUUCUAUGAAGGACACAUUAUAUUUAGCAUAAUUGAAGCCGUCUAUGGUGAAUAUGCCAUUUGUCACACCGUGAUUUUCAAAAAUGAAAAAAUAACCCAAGUGAUGGAGUUGUUUGGCCAUGAACCAGAUUUGAGUCAAACAAUAAAAACAAGGUUUGAAGAAAUUUGCCAACAAUAUGGAAUUCCUAAGGAAAACAUUCUCGAUCUGACCAAAGUCGAUCGCUGUCUCCAGGCCCGAGGGAACAACUAGCCCAGUCCUCCAGUGCUGAGUGAAUGGUUUGUCACCUGGGCUCCAGGAUCACCCCUUCCAAGGUCCCCACGUCAUCUUCUGACAAGUUCUGUGACCUGAUGGCCAUCAAUAUCUCACAUGAAAGCAUUAUCUCUGCAUCUUCAGGAUCUGCCCUAAGUGUCUAGGAAGGCUCAUCAGCUCACGAAGAAUCAAGGGUUUCCUCCAAAUUUCCGAAUCUCUGUGCCAUAGCCGGAAGAACUCUGCCAUGAAUAGGACAAGAGCUUUCUCUACUUGGUCGAUAAAUGAUUAUC